AUGUAGAAACCAGAAUUGUAGAGAAUUUUUAAGGAUCUUGCUGCAAAAGUACCAAAUGAAUAAAAAGAGAAAGCAGCAUAGGAAUUAUAGAGUGUUUACUAUAAAUACAUAUAAUAAAGUGAUGAAUUGUUCAAUAAGAUUUAGAAGCUUAUAAAUAGUUCUGAGAUUCAUGAGAAAUUUGGUAAGGAUUUAUAAAGUAUAAAAUAAUAGGAGGAAUCUUGGCAUUAGAUUAAUUGACAUCAACUGUAUAAGAGGCUUAGGUGUUGACAUUUGUAAAUAAGUUCAUUCCAAAUGUAUCAGGUUAAUUUAUAUAUAAUGAUGAAAAGUUUUUAAGAAAGAGUGCUGAAGUAUUUGGUAAGUUAUUAAGAUUAGGAGGAACAAAAAUAGCUUAAGUAGUAGAUGCUCAUUUUUUAGAAGCUUAAAAAUAAUUAAGGAGUGAAAAAUAUAAAUUAGCAGGUGUACUUAUUUUAAAAGAAAUUUUGAAUGAAGCAGCUUCAAUAACUUUUAAUAAGUUAUUUUAAACAAUGUAAACAGAUAGAAAUUUUACACUUAUUCAUGGUGCUAUUAGAUCAAAAUAACAAUCAUUAAGAGAAGCUGCCUUAGAUUUAUUUAGUGAAAUUGUAAAAUAAAUUGCAUAGAGAGAAUGUAUUUAAAAUAGAUUUAGAAUAUAUAGAAUCAUAUUAAGAUUAUUUAGUAAAAAUAUACACUGAUGAAAUUGAGUCCAAAAAAAAAUCAAAAGAAGAAGAAUAUAUUCAUGGAAAUAUCAUGAUGAUCAAAAUAUUGUUAACUUAUGCAAAACAAGAUGUAAUCUAUAUUAGUAUCAAAACAGAUCUUCUUACAAAGCUAAAUUAAAGAUUAAGGAGAAUACGUAUUAUCUAAAAAAGAUCAUAAAUCAACAAUUAUCAAUAAAGCUGUAAUUGAGACUUUACCAAUCUUAGCCAAACAUGCCAAACAUCAAUCAGUGUAAGAAUUUAUGGAAUAAUCGAUAUAAUUUCUAUUAUCAUAAACUAUUUAAGCUAGAACUGUUAAAGAUAAAAGUCUAUCUUAUAUGACUUUAGCUAUGCUUAUUUCCUUUUUAAAUGAAAAUAUGUUAUAAGAUUUGAUUAAGAAAGUUAUAUAACAUAUUCGUUAAGAAUUACUUCAAAAAAACUUUUGUGUUGAAAUGAUUCACUGUUUAUAAGUGAUAUUUUAGAAUUAUACAAGAAAAUUUGCAGAAUUCACAUCUAUUGAUGUCCUUGUGGAUGUAUCAAUAUUUCAUAUUUCUUUAAGUAAAUACUUUUAAAUGGACUACAUCCUUAAUCAGUUUAGUUUCUUAAUUAGUUAUGUAAAUUACAACCAAGACAAUCUGAUUUUAUUUAAUAAAAACUUUUAUAAACAAUUGCUGCAAUCCUACUUAGAAAGAUUAUUAAUUUUGUUAAUCCCAAGUAAUAGAACUUCGACAGUAGCAUCUUGAAUGAUUUCUAAGGUUAUUUACAAAAAGCCCUUACAACAACAGAAUUUAGAUCUCCUGAAGCUACUGCUAAUGCUAUAUAAACACUAAGCACUUUCUCAUUUGAUAUAUAAGAUAGUCUUGCAAUCUUUGUAAAGGAUGCAGUUUUACCUAAUCUUGCUAAUUCAAAUCCAAUCAUUAGAAAAGCCACAGCCAAAGCAGGAUGUUUACUAUAUAUAAAGAAGGGUAGAUCUAUGGGUUAAUAAAUGAUAUCAAAAAAUGUUAUGUAUGAAAUUCUAGAUAAAUUUAUGAAUGUGGCUAUUUCUGAUACUGAAUAAGAUAUUAGAUAAACUAUGCUUGCAUCACUCAAUGAAAAUUUUGAUCCAUAUUUGAAUUCACCUAAUAAUUUAAGAAAAUUAUUUCUAUGCAUGAAUGAUCCAAUCUCAGAAGUUUAAGAAAUUGCUUUAACAAUCCUUUGUCGUUUAUCCAUUUUAAAUCCUUCAGAAAUUAUUCCCUUUCUCAAAAAGACUCUAUUUGAAUAUCUUUAAACUUUAACAUUUGAUAGUAAUCAACCUGAAAAAUAAACAAUUAAUAAAUUAUAUUUACUAACUUCAUUAAUUAAACAUGGUCGUACUAUUGUCUAACCAUACACUAAUAAUAUAGCUAAAGUUAUUCAAUAACAUCUUAAAAAUCCAAAUACUAGUGCCAUUGUCACUUCAUAUUUAUUAUAGGCAUUUGCUUAAUUGACAGAAACUGCUAAUUAAGAAAUACUUGUUAAUUUGAAAGAAGUCUUCGAUAUCAUUAUUACAGCUAUGUAAGAUAAGAGUUCAACUCUUAAAAGAGAAGCUGCUGUUAAAUCUCUUAAUUUAAUUAUCAAAAAUACAGGAUUUGUUGUUCUUCCCUAUUAUCGUUUUCCUAAUUUAAUGGAAGUUAUUUUCUAAUUGAUUAGAACUGAAACUAUACCAGAAAUGAGAUAAGAAUGUUUAAAAUUGUUAGGUAAUCUAGGAGCUGUUGAUUCAUUCAUUUAUAAAAGUGUUUAAGGCGUUCCAACUAAAUAAAAAUUUAAGUUCUUAAAAAAUUAUUAAAAUGCUCUCAAUUCAGUCUCAUCAAGUGAAUUAAUGAAUGAAGUUAGAGGAUAUAGUGAAGAUUUGAUAUUAAUAGGUAAUUUUAGCACCAAAAUGUUUUUACAUUUAGGGAAGUUAAAAAUGUAAACUGAUUAAGACACAUUACUUUAUUAAAAUAAUAAUUUAUUGAUACCUAAAUCGGUAACUUUAGAUACUUAAUCUCAUUAUUAAUAAGCUAUAAAUUCUUAAGAUAUUGAAGAACUAUUUUAAUAAGUUCCCGUGAUAUAAUUAAAUGAUAUUGAUUAUUAUUCAAAAGUGACUCUGAAGACUUUAUUAUAAAUUCUGUUAGAUCCAUCGUUAUCGAAUAAUCAUGAAUUAGCUUUAGAAACUAUAAUGUGGAUAAUAGGUACAUUGAAAGCAAAGACAGCAAGUUAUUUGAAUUAUUUAAUUCCAGUAUUUGCUCGUUUGUUAUAAAGGAAUGAAGAAAUGAGAGAGAAAGUGUUGACAUCUUUAUAAAAAGUAAUUCAUUUAUGUGGAAUAUAAUUUAAUCCUCAAUAUAUAGAUUAGGUGAUUGCUUGUGUGAUGCUUUUCUGUUAAGGACAAGAGUCAUCAAAAUUAGUUUUAAUAGGACUAGAGAUAAUGGAAACAUUAAUAAAGAGUAGUAAAUAGCAUUUAAGACAUAAAGUGGAACCUUUAGUAAGAUUAAUAAAUUCUGAGAUAAGUCAAUUUGAAGAGGAGAAAGAUUUGGUUCGAAAAGGGAUAAAGAUUUAUAUAUUGUUAGAGAAUCUAUUAGAUUCUUAAUUACAUAUGUUUAUUCCAUUUAUGUGUAAAUUAUUGAGUAAAGAGGUUUCAAGUGUUUUGUUAGAAGUGAGAAAGGAUAUAAUAAAUUUAUUUGUUUCUUUAUCAAGAAAAUGUCCAACAACCGUUUAAUAUUUAUCUUUGAUUGUAAAUUCUUUAUUAAAUUUGGUUGAAUUGAGUGCAAAAACAUAAUAGCAAUUAGAGAUGCAUCAAACAGUAUUAAAUUGUAUAGUGAAUUUAAUCUUUUAACAUAAGAAUUUGAUGCUUGUGUAUUUGCCUAUGAUUCAUUUGCAAGUACAGAAAUAUAAGAUACAUCAUCAACAAUAUUAGAGAUUGGUUGAAAUCUUUUUGAUGUAUGGAAAUUUGGAAGAUUUAAAUAAUCUUUUAGAUGAAGAUUGUAAAGCAAUAGAGUAAUUGUUUCCUUCGUAAUAUACAUCUUAUUAUACAACAGAACCAAAUGCUCCUAUGUAUAAAAAGAUAGAACCUGAUGAGUUAGUAGCUAAAUUUGAUACAGAACAAAGAAAACUAAAAGAAGAAUGGUAGGAAUGGAUGCGUAAUACAAGUGUUGAAUUAUUAAAGUUAUCUCCAUUUUUAGUAUUGAGUCCUUGUUCAUCAAUAGCUGAAAUGUAUUAAACAUUAGCAUAUGAAUUAUUUAAUAUUGCAUUUGAUUCAGCUUGGUAUUUUUUAAAUGACAAACACAAAGAAUAAAUGGUUUAACAUUUAGUUAGAGUAAUAAAAGCAGAUAAUAUUCCACUGUAGAUUUCUUAAACAAUUUUAAAUUUAGCAGAAUUUAUGUAACAUGAUAAAGAAGGAUUAUAGAUUGAUAUAAGUUCUUUAGGAGAAUUAGCUGAAAAAUGUAUGGCAUAUGCUAAAGCUCUGUAUUAUAGAGAACAUGAAUUUGAGACUGCCAGUUCCAAAGCUAUUUAAUCUUUAAUAUCUUUAUACACAAAUUUAGGAUUAUAAGAAUCUGCUAAUGGUUUAUUGACUUAUGCAAAAUAAUCAUUAAAAAUAUAGGUCUAAAAUACAGAUUAUGAAAGAUUAAAGAAGUGGGAUGAAGCUUUGUAAGAAUACAGAUAAUAGUAAUUGAAAUAUGAAAAUGAUUAAAGAAAGGAUUUAAUAAUAAAAUUGUUAGUUCCUAAGAUGAGAUGUUUGAAUGCAUUGAUGUAAUGGUAAACUUUGAUAGGUUAAGCAGAUGAUAUUUUUAAAAACAAUAAUGAAGAAGUCAAAUAAAAGGAAAUUGCUCAUCUUGCUGCUAAUGCUGCUAUGCAUUUAGGAUAAUGGGAUAAAUUAGCCAUCUAUAAUGAAUAAGUUAAUGCUGAGGAAUUAGAUAAACCAUUUUGGAAAGCUGCUGUUUGUAUAUCAAAAGGAUAGUUAGAAGAAGCUAAAGUAUAAGUAAAAAAGAGUAGAGAAAAAUUAGAUGGUUAAGUAACAGGAUUAUUAUAGGAAUCCUAUGAUAGAGCUUAAGAUGGAGUCUUGAAAUUAUAAUAAUUAGUAGAAAUGGAGGAAAUUAUAGAAAUCAAACUAUUUGAAAACAAAGUAUAAAGAGCAGCUUAAGAAAAUGUAGGACAAUAUUCAUAUAUUAAAUUAUAAGAUGAAUUAGAAAUUCGUAAAAAAAAAUUAAAAGAUAUUUGGCAUGACAGAUUAAGUGGAGCUCCUAAAGAUAUUGAUGUCUGGUAUCGUUUACUUUCCACUAGAUAAUUGUAUUUACCUAAAGUACAUAAUCUUGAUAUUUGGAUUAAAUUUGCUAAAUUGUGUUUGAAAAGAUAAAAAAUGGUAUUAUGUAAAUCCACAAUUGAAAUACUCAAAGAAUAGUUUCAGAAUUAAGGAUAAGCUACUUUACCUGUUACACUUCACAUUUUCAAUAUGUAAUUUGAAUAUGUACAUGCUAAACAUGAAAUAUAAAUUCUAGAUUAGGUUAGGGAGUAUUUCACUAAUUAAGAAUAGAUCAGUUCUAUUGAUUCUAAACUAAAAGCUAAGACUUUUUUUACUCUUGGAAAAUGGGCUUAUGAAAGAGCAGAAUCUCCUAAUGAUUUAGAAUAAAUAACUAAAUAAUUCGAUGAAUCCUUACAAUAUAAUUCUACUUAUGCAAAAGCUUGGCAUUAUUAUGGAUUAUGUAAUUUUGAAGUGAUUGAAUAAUAAGAAAAUAGAUAAUCUAUGAAUGCACAUGUAUUUGCUGCUGUUAAAGGAUUCCUUAAAUCUAUAUCUUUAGGAAGUAGAGAUAUCAAAAAAGGAAGAUAUAUCUUAUAAGAUACUCUACGACUCUUAUCUCUAAUUUUUAAAUAUGGAAUGGAUGCUGCAAUUUCUGAUGAAUUUAGAUAGAAUUACAAAUAAAUUGAUGUUAUUGCAUGGAUAGAUGUUAUUCCCUAAAUUUUAGCCAGAAUCUAAAUUCAAAAUCCUAUCAUUCAAUAAUUACUACAAGAUUUAUUAAUUCAUAUAAGUCGUAUUCAUCCUUAGGCUCUUAUCUAUCCAUUGACAGUUGCAUGCAAAUCUAAAAAUUAAAUCAAAAGACUUUAAGUCUUAAAAAUAUUGGAUGAUAUGAAAAAACAUUCUCCAAUCCUUGUUAAUGAAGCUUUGAUUAUUAGUGAAGAACUUAAUAGAACUGCUAUUUUAUUAAAAGAAGCCUGGAGAGAAGGUAUUCAAGAGGCAUGGACAUCAUUUUCAUAAGAUAAAAAUAAAAUGCAUGUUGAAAGAAUCUUAAGAGGUUUACAUGAUAAUAUGAGAGUUAAAUUAGAGAGUUUAAGUGAAAUCUCAUUUCAUUAAACUUAUGGAUAAGAAAUUUUUGAGGCUGAAGCUUGGUUACAAAGGUAUUUGAGAACUGAAGAUUAAGUUUGUUUAUGUGUUGCUUUUGAUAUAUAUACUAGAAUCUAUCAUAAAGUUUAAAAGAGUUUGGAAAAAAUGAAAAAGGUUCACCUAGAGAAUGUUUCACCUAAAUUAUUAGCUACUUAAAAUUGUGAAAUCAGCAUUCCUGGUCUAUAUAAACCAAAUAAACAACUUAUUACUAUUAAUGGAUUUGCUCCUAGAUUAGAUGUUUUAUCAAGUAAGUAGCAUCCAAGAUAAGUGAAAAUGUUUGGAAAUGAUUCAAAGGAAUAUCAUUUUUUAUUAAAAGGACAUGAGGAUUUAAGGUAAGAUGAAAGAGUGAUGUAGUUGUUUUCAUUAGUAAAUCGUUUACUAACUAAUGAUACAGAGACAGAAAGAAAGGAUCUUACAAUAACUAGAUACUCAGUUAUACCUUUAUCUCAUAAUACUGGUUUAUUGGGUUGGGUAUAGAAUUGUGAUACAUUACAAUAAUUAGUAAGAGAAUAUAGAGAUAAAUAUGCUAUAAGACCUAAUGCAGAGAGCAAUUUGAUGGAAUAAUUUUGCCCUUAAUAUCAAAAUUUACCAUUACCUAAUAAAGUGGAAAUUUAUAGACAUAUUUUAGAAAAUACAAGAGGUGAAGAUUUAUAAAAGGUUUUAUGGAUAAAAUCACCAAAUUCUGAAGUUUGGCUUGAAAGAAGAAUAAACUAUACUCGAUCAUUAGCAACUAUGUCAAUGGUAGGAUAUAUUUUGGGAUUAGGGGAUAGACAUCCAUCAAAUUUUAUGUUAUAAAGAUUAACUGGUAAAAUAGUACAUAUAGAUUUUGGAGAUUGUUUUGGUAAUGAUUGAUUAUAAUUGUAUACUAGAGGUGGCAAUGAAAAGAGAAAAGUAUCCAGAGAGAGUACCAUUUAGAUUAACAAGAAUGUUAGUGAAGGCUAUGGAAGCAUGUGGCAUAGAAGGAGUAUAUAGACAUACUUGUAAUGUAGUAAUGAGAGUACUUAGAGAAAAUAAAGAGUAUAAUAAUAAUAUGUAAUAUUUAGAUCAUUGUUAGCUGUAUUAGAUUCUUUUGUUUAUGAUCCUUUACUUACAUGGAGACUCUUAAAUGCUUAAGAUCAUAAACCUAAGAAAGAAGCAAGGAAUGUUGAUUUACAUAAAUAGAUUCCAUAAUAGAUGAUUAAUUAAUUGAAUGAUAAAGAAAUGAAUUAAGAAAAGAGUCUAAUUUAAGCUAUUCCUGAAGCAAAAAGAAGAGGCAGUAUAAUAGAUGAUGGAAAAUAAUAGUAGAUCUUAAAGAGAAAAGAAAGUGGAAGGGAGAAAGAGAUCUAUUUUGAAUUUGCAGAUGAAGAAAGAGAAAUUCCAGAUGAUUUAUAAAAUUAAAAGGGUUUAGAAGUAAUAGAAAGAAUUAAGAAAAAACUAUAAGGGAGAGAUUUUAAAGAGCAUGAAGUGCUGUCUACUGAAAAUCAAGUGAAUUAACUUAUACUGUAAGCAACUAAUCAUGAAAAUAUAGCAUAAGCUUAUUUGGGAUGGUGUCCAUUUUGGUGA